AUGCCCACGGGCUUCACUGGCGCGCCAGAGGCGGUGGGGGAGGUUUGGAAAGCUGACUGGUACAUCCCCCACUGCUACAAGAUCCCCGCAUUGGCGCAACUCAACCACCUAUUGGCGCAAAUCCCCCGCGCGCCCACGCGGAGCGAUGUCUGGCACGCGGGGGCCGGCCCCGCGGACCUCCGGCGUUUCCACAACGACCUGGGGGAGGUCGUAUCUGAGGCAGAGCUCGCCCAGAAGCAGCUGGGAAUCUUCCUCCAGGCCGUGCAGACGACUGCGGCGGGGCUUCAGAAGGAGAUCGGGAAGCGCCUCUCGGCGGAGAAUCCGUCCGUUUUCCGAAAAUGGAUUCAGAAGCUUCCUGGAUUCGACGACCCGUUGCUUGCGGGAGGGGUAGGCGGGGGCGUGGGGCACGACGGUUCGCACAGCAGGAGCAACAGUAACAGUAGCGGGGGCGCCGGGAGCGGCGGGAACGGCAAUGCGGCGUGCGGGAAGCUGACGGACGGCAGCAAUGCGUCGUCGCCAGCGAAUAAGGUCAGCAGCGACUCGCCACGCGACGACAGCGCGCCGACUCUGCAGCCGUCGAAAGUCGCCCUUGCGAAUCGCAUGCGAUCGAAAUCCAUGAACGUAGUGUCGUCGGGGUCGCUCUUUCGAUCGCCGGACGACAGCAGCGUCGCCAAGCCUCUAGGCCCGGAAGUUUCACCCAUCUUCGCCUCGACAGGUCUGACCACACCUGGUAGUAAUGGCUCUGGCGCAGGCUCGGGUACGGGCGGCUCGGCGACGCGGAAAAUGUUCACCCGCGCGUUUUCCGUGCGCGAGCGGCCGUCUGCCGUGUCGGGGGGGGACGGCGGCGGGAACAGCGUCGGAAGCGGCGGCGGAGGCGGAGGGGGUUUCGUAGACGCGUGUGGGUUCAGUCCCGUGUUACUGCGCGCAAGGAAUGCGGGGAGAGUCGGGCCUGUGGGGGAACACGAGGGGGAGGGGGCGGGUGACACACCCGCCAUGGGGCUCGGCGGGGGGAACGGGGGGAAUGGGGGGAACGGCGGAGUGAAUGGAGGGGGGAACGGGGGAAACGGAGGGCGUGACGGAGGCAAUGGCGGGGGAAAGGUGGGCGGAGUGGCAGCGUGGGCAACACCGAGUGGAAUUGGAAACGAGAAUGCCGCGUUCCCUUCGCAGCAGCAGCAGCUGCAGCAGCGGGUAGCAGAAGAGGAGGAGGAGGGCGGGGAGCAGGAAGAGCAGGAGAGAGGGCGCUUGAGCCCAUCCAGUGGCCGUAGGAUCGAGGGUGGCGCGUCAGGGAAGGGAACAGCAGCGUCCAGGAGGGUGGGGGGGCCAAGGCUCACCAAGAGCCGGUCAGAGAAGGCGCCUAGCAGCGCUAUGGGAGGGGCGAGGGGAGGGGCGCGCGGAGGAAAGAGCGGCCACGAACGGCUGCAGGAGAUUCUCAGCAGCGUGGGCAGCGGGUGGGGCGGACUGCCUUUAACCUCGUCGUUGAGUGGUGGCAGUGUUAGCUCGAGUGGCAGCGGCUUGCGGGGGGGUAGUCUGGUGUCUCGGAGCGCUACUGUAAUGAAGGCGUUCCCCAAGGAUGACCCCACCAAGGCUCCCCACCUGACGGCGUUCCUGGGCUACAAGGCGGGCAUGACGCACAUCGUCCGCGAGGUCGAGAAGCCCGGCUCCAGGCUGCACAAGAAGGAGGCUGCUGAGGCCGUCACCAUUGUCGAGACCCCCCCCAUGAUCGUCUGUGGUCUCGUCGCGUACGUGAAGACCGCGCACGGCCCGCGCACGCUCACGCACGUGUACGCCGGGCAUCUGAGCGACAACGUCCGUCGCCGGUGGUACAAGAACUGGCACAAGUCGAAGAAAAAGGCGUUCACCAAGUACGCUAAGAAGUUCAGCACUGACGAGGGCAAGAAGGAGAUCGAGGAGGAGCUGGAGCGCAUGAAGAAGCACGCGUCGAUCAUCCGCGUUAUGGCGCACACCGAGGUGCACAAGCUGAAGGGAAUCAAGCAGAAGAAGUCGCAUCUGAUGGAGAUCCAAAUCAACGGCGGCACGAUCGAGGAGAAGGUCGACUGGGGUUACAAGCUGUUCGAGAAGGCCGUGCCGAUCGAUGCCGUGUUCCGCAAGGAUGAGAUGAUUGAUGUCAUCGCCAUCACCAAGGGUCACGGUAACGAGGGUGUGGUGCACCGUUGGGGUGUUACCCGCCUGCCUCGCAAGACCCAUCGUGGUCUGCGCAAGGUCGCCUGUAUCGGAGCGUGGCAUCCGGCUCGUGUGCCGUACACCGUGGCGCGCGCCGGUCAGAACGGUUACCAUCACCGCACGGAGCUCAACAAGAAGAUCUACAAGAUCGGAAAGAAGGGCGACGAGAGCCACAAGGCCAGCACGGAGUACGAUCGCACCGACAAGGAGAUCACCCCCAUGGGAGGCUUCGCGCAGUACGGUGUGGUGGGCGAGGACUACAUCAUGAUCAAGGGGUGCUGCCCCGGCGUGCGCAAGCGCGUGCUGACGCUGCGCCGGUCGCUGCUGAAGCAGACGUCGCGCAAUGCGCUGGAGGAGGUGAAGCUCAAGUUCAUCGACACGUCCUCCAAGUUCGGCCACGGUCGCUUCCAGACGUCCGACGAGAAGGCCAAGUUCUUCGGCCGCACCAAGGCGUAA